AUGUCAGGCCACCUGGCUCGCUUGGGGUCGGUCGUACUCUGUUGUGAUCGAGAACGGUGUUGCAACGGCCAGAUUGGAGAGAGCUUGGAAUGGGCUCCUGGCCUGUUCGAAUGGUCAAUAUCGUCAAGUGUCGGCCAUGGAGGCCUCCACCCAGAGUGCAAGGAGGCCGGGGAACGCUACUUGGACCGUUCUAUAGAUAAUCAUGGGAACGAGUUGGCCAAUGAAGGCCCAGUUCGUCUGUUCGCCCGUUCGGUCCGGCCCGGCCGUGUUCUCAUGUUAACCUGUCCUGACGGAAGUUGA